AUGGCUCCCAAGGCUUCCAAGGCCGAGAAGAAGAUCGCUUACGAUCAAAAGCUGUGCAAAUUUCUGGAUGAGUACACGCAGGUUUUGGUGGUGGCGGCGGACAACGUCGGCUCCACACAGCUUCAGAACAUAAGGCGAGGUCUCAGAGGCGAUUCUGUGGUUCUCAUGGGUAAGAACACUAUGAUGAAAAGGAGUGUAAGGCUUCAUGCUGACAAGACUGGCAACCAAGAUAUUCUCAGUCUCAUCCCUCUCCUUGUAGGAAAUGUUGGGCUGAUCUUCACCAAGGGUGACUUGAAAGAAGUCAGCGAUGAGGUUGCAAAGUACAAGGUUGGUGCCCCUGCUCGUGUCGGUUUGGUUGCCCCAAUCGACGUCGUGGUCCCACCUGGAAACACUGGUCUGGACCCAUCCCAAACAUCUUUCUUCCAGGUCCUUAACAUCCCCACGAAGAUUAACAAGGGGACUGUUGAGAUCAUCACCGCAGUUGAACUUAUCAAGAAGGGGGACAAGGUUGGGUCCUCGGAAGCUGCUCUGCUUUCAAAGCUGGCCAUAAGGCCUUUCUCGUACGGGCUGGUUGUGCUCUCGGUUUACGACAAUGGGUCUGUUUUCAGCCCGGAGGUUCUCGACCUGACUGAUGAUGACCUCGUCGAAAAGUUUGCAGCCGGUGUCUCUAUGCUCACCUCUCUUUCGCUCGCCAUUGCUUAUCCGACCCUAUCGGCUGCACCCCACUUGUUGAUCAACGGCUACAAGAAUGUGUUGGCUCUUGCGGUAGAGACCGAUUACUCUUUCCGUCUGGCUGAUCAAGUCAAGGAGUAUCUUGCGGAUCCGAGCAAGUUUGCUGCUGCUGCUGCUGCACCUGUUGCUGCUGCUGCUGGUGGUGCUCCGGCGUCUGUGGCUAAGGAGGUUGAAAAGAAAGAGGAGUCUGAGGAGUCUGAAGACGACAUGAUUAUAGGCCUGUUUGAUUAA